UGGCUCAAUAACUGCUCGGUUUUUGUUGUAGAAACCAUCAGAACAAAUUUCAGAACUAGUAAGUUUGUUUUUUAAUCCACCAGGUCAGUGCUGUGAUAAUGCAUCACUUCAUUUCCAUUGCGUUUUCACUGCUAGCCAUUAUUGGGAUGCAUGUGAGUGUUCAGUCCCCCGGAAGACGUUUUGAGCGGAGCAUCAAUAGAUAUCCCAGAUCAACCCUGCUGCCAUGCUUUCCAAACUGCAUGACUGUGUCUAAUGGAAUGGAUUGGGGUUACUGGGGGUUUACGGAAAAGUGUCCAUCUAGAACGUACGCCGCAGGGUUUAGUCUGAAGGUGGAAUAUUUAUCGAGUGGUAUGUGGAAGGAUAACACAGCACUCAAUGGGAUUCGUCUUCACUGUGUCUCCAAUGAAUCAAGCUCAUUGAACCCACAUGAGCACUACUACUCCGUUCAGUCAGAUGUAGGAAGCUGGGGUCGGUGGACAAACAUCAAAUGGUGUCCUUCUGGAUUUUUAAAAGCGUUCCGGCUGAGAGUAGAACCUUCCCAAGGAGUUGAUGACGAUACAGCCGCAAACAACAUCAGAUUCAAAUGUAGUGACGGUUCUUAUCUGGAGGGUGACGGUACAUCCUGGGGCAGUUGGGGUGACUGGAGUUACAUGUGUGAGGGAAGAGGAAUCUGUAGUAUCGUGACACGGGUAGAAGUGCCACAGGGAUGGAAAGAUGACACCGCUCUCAAUGACGUGCAAAUGGAAUGCUGUGAAUAAGAUGUAAGAGGAUAACCACAAGGACAGCGAGAAGAUCAAAAUAAUUGAUCACCAUACUAUGAUGAACUGUGUUGUACAACAGUUUUGUAAUAGGGAUAACAUAGGCUAUUAUCCCGCUUAUUACACAGCAACUUACCAAAAAAUAAAUUUUGAUUUGAAUUGAAUUAAAGAAUCACCUCUCAUGUGUUCUUCAUGUCAUUUCUCCACAUAUGUUUGGACAUAUCUGACUAAUCAAAGAAUUAAUAAAUGCUUUGUGAAAAACGG